GUCGACGUAAAUCUAAGGUUAGGUCAAACGUCAAACUGUUGAAAGUAAAAUUGUCAAGCUUCACAGGAAAAAUGAAAAAUUUUAUCAAAAUGUAGAGUGUAGACUUGUAGAGUUGUAGACAUUGUUUUGAAAGAUUGAUACCGUUUAUUGAAGUGUUUCUACGGUUUCUACUCAUUAAAAUCCACUCUGAAUGAUAGGAAAAGCAAAUUCACACUCAUUUCAUUCAAGUUCAGUGAUUCAUUUUGAAGAUGGAGAAAGUUUGUGGAUUUUGUCUGAUCAAAGGAAGCCAAUAUGAAAUAAUUGAAAACCUGCUGAAAGACUUAUUGGAUACAUUGCUGAUACCAUUGGAUUUUACGACACUGAAAGAACCCAUUAGUUGCAAGGAAUGUGUGAAACAACUCCAUGAAUUGUUCAAUUUCAAAACUCUCUGCCUGUACACAGAAGAUGCUCUGAUCCCGUUCCUCGAAAAGAAUAAUGGUGAAGUGUCUCAGUUGAAUUUGGAAUCGGUGUAUUCUGUGAACAAGUUGCUGCGAUGCACGAAAACGGGAGAGAAACCACAAAUUUGUAGAUUAUGUUUGGAAAUAAGCACACAUUGUUUAUCUUUGGACACGGCAAUCUUGGAAAGUAAAGUUCGGAAUGUGUUCGAAAAUUAUCUACCGGAAAUAUCAUUGCAAGCAAUCGAAUCUCCUUCUAUAUGUGAAAACUGUGUGCAAAUGCUCCACAGUUUCGAUAGAUUUGCUACCAUGUGCACAAGUAAUGCUGCAAACAUUGUGAGAAAAAGCUCCAACAAUAAUCUUCAUACUAGAAAAUCAAAAAAUCCACAGCAGGCAACAGAAGAAGAAGAAGAAGAAGAUGAUGAUGAAGAUAAUGAUGCACACCAGGUUGGAGACAUCGAUUUGGAAAAUGGCGUUGGAAGAGAAUCGACAGUAGUUGGCCUAGAGGGCGCAUUGGAGUUUCUUUCGAAAAUGUGCAAUUACUCGCCAGAAACCAAAACUACUCACUGCUACAAAUGUACUUAUAAGACCGUAGACGAGCUCGAUUUGAAGGCUCACCUAGAGUCACACUUGCCAAAAGGGCGAUACGCCGGAAUACGAGGCGAUCGUGGCAGAUUUUACAAGUGCCCGCGUAAAAAUUGCUCUUUUCUUAGUCGAAACACUAUUAAGAUUAUAAUCGCACAUUCGAAGACCCACGGCAAGAAAAUCAACUGUUUUAUGUGCGGCGAGCGUUGCGACGGUAUCCCGGCAUACCGUCGACAUACUAAGCUAAAACACAAAGAAGGAGGCUUUUACAAGUGCGAUGUUUGCCCAUUUCUCUCUAAGAUAUGGAGAAAGUACGAAAGGCAUACCGCUAGCCACAAAGACCAACUGCUCCAGUGUCGUUCCUGCCCUUACAAAACCAGAUACAAGCGGGAUUUGUUGAAGCAUCAGUACAUCCAUUAUCAUGACGAAGUUUACUACUGUCACGACUGCUCGUACUCGACGAAAGUCAAGCAACGUCUUAAGAUGCACGUUUUAUUGCAUAUGAGCGACUCUCGAUCAGUAUUGCACAAGUGCGAAAAGUGCGAAUUUUCCACCAAAUAUUACUCGAGCUUGCAGAAACAUUGCAAAAGAAAACACUCCGACAAUCCCCUGUACCAGUGUGAUUUUUGUCAGGCCAAAUUCAAGUGCGAACCAAAUCGAAGAAUGCAUACCAUUCAGUUCCACGGACCCAACGACGAAGUGCGAAAAAAGUACAUCAGAACAUGUCCUAAUUGUGAUUAUGAAACGUUCAAUAUGGGACACAUGAAGCUACACAUGGAACAAGUGCACGGCAUUCCAGUCGAGAAGGAACGUUUCCAGUGUAGCGAAUGCGAUUUCGAAAGUAUUUAUAAGAGCAGCAUGAAAAUACAUUUCAAACGAAAACACACUAUGGGGAAAGAAUCAUCAGUUGUUGAUCUAGAGGGCGCAUUGAAGUUACUUUCGAAAAUGUGCAGUUUCUCGCCAGAAACCAAAACUACUCACUGCUACAAAUGUGCCUAUGAGACCGAAUUCAAGCUCGAUAUGAAGGCUCACCUGAAGUCACACUUGCCCAAACGACAAAAAAUCAACGGAAUACGAGAAGAUCGUGGCAAAUUUUACAAGUGCCCGCAGGAAAAUUGCUUGUUCAUCAGUCGGAACUACAGAAGUCUUACAACCAGACACUCGAAGACCCACGGUAAAAAAAUCCACUGUCCCAUGUGCGGCGAGUUUUGCGAAAGUGUCAUGGCAUAUCGUCGACAUACUCGGCUGAAACACAAAGAAGGUGACUUUUACAAGUGCUAUGUUUGCCCAUUCCUUUCUAACAUAUGGGUAAACUACGAAAGACAUGUCGCGAAGCACAAAAACCAACUACUCCAGUGCCAUUCCUGUCCUUAUAAAACCAGAUACAAACGGGAUUUGUUCAAGCAUCAGCACGCCCACAAUAAGAACCAAGUUUACAACUGUCACAACUGCUCGUACUCAACAAAAUCCAAACCACAUAUUAGGAAACACGUAUUGAGGCACAUGAGCGACUCUCGAUCGAUAUUGUACAAGUGCGAAAGGUGCGAAUUCUUCACCAAAUAUCAGGCGAGCUUGCAGAAACAUUGCAAAAUAAAACACAAUGAACGCAUAACCUUCGGUACCAUGAAAAAAACAACAAAUUGCAAAAACGUACUCAAACGAAUGUCCUGAUGUGAUUAGGAAAUGUUCAAUCUGGGUCACAUAUGAAGCUACACUUUGUGACAACGAACUUGUCCAGUGCAGUGAAUGCGAUUUCAGUAGCUUUCAUGAGAGCAGGCUGAGACAACAUUUCAAACAAAAACAAGAUAUAUAAUGCAUACCUAAAUUAUACCAGAAAUGAGAAGAAAAAAGAAAAAUGUAAAUGAGUGUAAAGAGAAGGAUUGUGAACAUUCCAAUAUACAUUACACGCAGGUGAACUAUCAAUCUAAGAUGAAACAGAAUGUAAGAAGAGGGAUCAUGAAGAAAGAAUAACAUUUGAAAGAAAUCAUUAGACAGAAGGAUUUGAUAAUCUUCGAAAAUGAUAAUCACAUUAAACUUUUAGCUGAAGUCAAUGAGAGAAUAAAUGGAAAUUAUAACUUGAAAGUGUCUAAUAUAAAUGAUACGAAUGAUAUUAUGGAACCUUUGAGUCAAAU